AGCCUCUCGCUCUUCCUUAGUCAUGUUCAGUUCCUCGUUCACAUUACUGACGGCAUCUUGAAGUUGUUCAACCAAACUCUAGAAUAUUUCGGAAAUAAAUGGCUCAAUUAACUCUGGUCUAAUAUCUGUUGAUGUUUGUCAGGUUUGCUCAGAAGCAUCGGCCACCACUGGAAGAAUGUCGACUCCUUUACCUCGAGUUGUUCUUCGCUCAUGGAAGAAACGUCGAAGGGUGAAGUCAGAGUCAUCCCAAGAAGCUGCUGUAUAUAAGGCUGAUGCCAGCAGUACUCGACAUUUCCUGAUUCCCAUGAUGGACUUGACUGUGUCUUCCCUGCUGUCCAUGGUGGUUUACACCUGUUGUACCUGGGCCAUACCUGCUCAGAGUACCUCAGUGAGCUCCAAAAGGUUCCCUAAAAGUUAUUCAGAUGAUCACAUUAUACGCAGUGAGAUGACAGCGAUGGAUCAAAUCAUAGAGGCCAAUGAGUUCCAAGCUGCCCAGGUUCCAGACGGCACUAGUUUCAGGGAUGGAGAUAUCGCUGUGACUACCGGGAGGCGCUCUAAGGUCUGUUUCGCACGCAGUUGUCUGUGGUCCAAGUCGGUGGACGGACAUGUCUACAUCGCAUACAGGCUGUCAUUGGACUACAGUGAUUUGGAUCAGAGGAUAAUAAAGUCUGGUAUGGAGAACAUGGAGAGAGGUACCUGUGUGCGUUUUGUUCCAUGGACACACCAGAGGGACUACCUGGAUAUUCAGCCCAAGUCAGGUUGCUGGUCAUUCCUGGGUAUGACUGAAGGCCCUCAGCCCAUCUCCCUGCAGUCCCCUGGCUGCAUGUGGUCUGGCAUCGUCUCCCAUGAACUCAUGCACGCUCUGGGCUUUGUGCACGAGCAGUCCCGCUCUGACCGGGAUCGCCAUGUUUCUAUCAUAUGGGAAAACAUCAGGAAGGGUCAGAAGCAUAACUUUAAGAAGUACCAGACCAACAACCUCAAUACUGUCUAUGAUUACGGCUCCAUCAUGCACUAUGGCAGGUAUGCCUUCUCAGAGGACGGUAGCCCAACCAUCAUCCCCAAACCAGAUCCCAACACUCCUAUUGGUCAGCGAGAUGGACCCAGUGUUCUGGACAUACAGAAGAUAAACCUACUGUAUGAAUGUGGUGGCCUGGUGUAACUCCGAUGAAGAACUGUCAGCGUAGACCACGAUCCGCUUACAAACUGAUGGAACAAGUCAUAUCCCAUUUUUACUGAUACAUAUUUUAUACAUUUUUAUGAAACUUAAGAUCGAGACAUGUCAAUAAAGUCUGUUAUAAGUGUUGUACAAUGUGAUUUAAAGUGUGAGAUCUCGUAUGGUCAUUAUCACAACUGAUGACCACAUGGGGAUUAAUGGGCAACCCGAUGUGCAUCUGCUUCAUGGUGAUCAGAGUGAUCCUUCUCAGUCCCAGGCCAUUCUAAUCAUUCAUGACAGCUCCUCUUCAGCAGACUAACACCCAUCAUGGCAGAGGGAACUGACACCUCGUUCAUACUAUCUGCCUAUGCUCCAUACAAAGGCACAAACUUAUAAGACAUUUGUUUUCUACAUAAGAUAAUGUUUUCCAUCAUUUUUGUCAUACUGGUUUUCUCCUAAGACUGUCAAUGAUUGUUCCCCCCCAUAACAAUGUCCAAAUCUUAUAUAUGUCCAAUUGUCCAAUCGCUUGUUCUUGCGUUCGAUUCUAUCACAUAUGAAAUACAGUAGAGUAUCACCGAAGAAGUUCCCCAGAACUCUGUUGAUAGGCUACGUUGAUUUGAAUCGGUAGAAUACCACCAAAAGAGCUUUUACAGUAGAAUACCACCAAAAGAGCCUUUUGCUUUCUGGAUCAUUCUCAUCCCAGGGAGCCCAGGUCAGUUCAGCAGGGAGCCCAGGUCAGUUCAGCUGCUAAUGUGUGCUCCUGCGUUGGAAGGCUCUUCGUGUGGACAGCCGUGCUCGUCCCCUUCUUCUUCUCUUCCUACGCAUCGUUGAGGUCACUUUCUGCUUUCCACUGUCCUUUCGUAAGCUGCGCAGGAAAUUGAAUGACAGGUAGAGGGACAGGUAGGUGAGGAACAGGUAGCAGGCCCACAGAAUGACCAUUAUGGGAGGAAUUGGCUGAAAUAACUUUUUGCCAUUGAGACAAUAUGAGCUAUCUUAUCAUACUCAGUAACACGAAUAGAUAAUCCCCAGAGAAGUAAAGUCAAAUUAGUCCGGAAUGUUUUUCAGAGUAGCAUCAUCUAAAUAAUUCAUUCGAUAAUAAAUAAUAAAUAAAUCCUGUUCUACAACUGCUACUAUGGUUAUCAGAAUAGUCUUCUUAUAGUAUUGAUUAAUUGACCACUUGUCUUCGGUGGUGAGAGUGGAGGCUACUCCAGAGAGGAGGAGACGCGUUACGUUCCAGCACCUUAUCUAUUUGGCUCUAUUUAAGCAGCUUAAACUAGAUUAGUGUCUCAGAUACUGCCUCACAAAGAAAGCAGACAUGUUUAUUCACUUUUUCUUAACAGUGAAUACAGUUGUAUCAUUGAUUUUGUAUAUAUUUUUUAAAUCAUAAAAUACAGUAUGUAUAGCACCAAGUAUUACAUGUUCAACAUUAAACUAUAAAAGUGUCAAUCUACAUGAAAUACUGUGAACAUGUAACUAGUAGGUGCAAAAAUAAUUGGCUACCAAAUCCCUUUACAGUGCCUUCGUAAAGCAUUGAAGGUCCCCAAGAUCACAGUGGUCUCCAUCAUUCUCAAAUGGAAGAAGUUUGGAACCACCAA